AUGCCUGACCUGUUCCCGCAAAUCUGCACUCGCUCUCGCACACGCGCACACAUACCCCGGCACGACGGCCGGCAGGUGGUAGGCUACAGUAGCUCUCCCGUUGCAUUGGGCGCUUGUGGCCUCGCGACCCUAAUUCUCGCGACCCUCGCUCACCUCCCAACUCCCUCUUCCCUUUCCUCACCCCACAAGGCUCUUUCGCAUCUCCUAUCUCCUCUUCCUCUUGUUUCCUCUUCCCUUUCCUAG